AUGGUUGCGACCCGUAUGACCCGCAAGACAGCCGUGCCCGACGCAGAGAAGCUGAAGCAGCAAAUCUCCGUCACGACUAUUGCGAAUAGUCGCACACGCCUGAUGGGCAUCUUGAGUGGCCGACCUGAGCUUGCAGCCAAGGUCUUGGAGCUGCUUCAGACCGGAAUGUUUGAACGUGUCCGACAGUCGCACAUGUCCGAGGAUCUCGUUGGCCCGCAGCCGAUGGGUCUAGAAUUCAGCAUGUCAUGCAACAAGUACAAGUUGGUGGACCAGAAGAUUGUGAAGGAGAUGUUGUCCGAUUUGUACCCGGCCUUCAGCGGCUUGCGAAGCAUGAAGUGCACAAAGUCCGAGUUGAUGGACAUUUUUGCCUUGCUGACCAACAUCACGCCCUCAUCUGCCUUGCCCGAAAGGCAGCAGCGUACCAUAGUGGCCGAAUUGGAAGCCAAGAAGCCUGCCUGGGGUGCCCGAUUGACCUGUCCAGCUCAGUGGACACCCACAAAAUUCUGGGAAUGCAAUGCCUGGUUCAGGCUGGCCGAUGGCGAGGAUGGCUCCAAGAAGGUGCAGCACGUGGAUGGAGAGAUGGCCGAUGUGCCCGAAGAGGUGCAGCAGCUAGUGGGCACACUGAGUGUCCGAAACUGCAACGACUUCUACAAGGCAGCGAUCGGGACUGGCCGAGUAUGGAUCAACUGCUACGCACUGUUCCCUGGCCGAGAUCCCUUCUUUCGGAAAGAAAUUCCGAGAUCAGCUGACCGAGAUUCCCGAGGUACAUCAUCCUCCCCAUCAAUGGCCAGCACCAGGACAUCGAUCGGCAGCUCCGGCAGCGCCAGCGUGUCCGAUGUGCCCGAUGCACCAACCCCCCUGCCAACCCCUCUGCCGGCCAUGCCCGCUGGUUGGGGAGGGGCUUUGGCCGAGCUGGAGGCAGAGCUGGAGGCAGAGCUCGAGAACGCGAUGAUGUCAGAGGAGGGCUGA